CUUUGAAAUUGCGAACAUUUUCAAUGAUGUCGGCCUAAAACAGACCUUCACUGCAGCUUUAGUGCACUAGCACAUAUUGAUUGCGCAUAUUAAAACUAGUUUAUUGAGAUGCCAAGAUGAAGAGGGGGAAAAGACCUGAAGCAACAUUGGAAAACUUGGGCAGAAUUGCUUUGUAAUAGCAUUUGAUUAGUUGCUGUGAAACACAUUGGUGAAAGUUUAGUUGCGAUUUAUGACUAUUCAGUAUAUGAUUUGCAUAUAUAACUUUUUACAGGGAAAAUAUUGAGUGUAUGUUUAUAUUACAAAUUACUGAAAUAUAUGGAUAUAAUUAUAUAACUAGAACGUCUGUGGCAAUUGGCAAUUCAGCCUUUACCUAUAAAAGAAUUUAAAAACGGAAAAGCACCUGAAGUAACGCGUUUACAUAAAAAAACGUAAAGACAGCAGAAUACCAGGGAUAACGAGGCCUGCGUUGGGUCUUCAGAAGGAAACGACCGAGAGAAGCAUGCAAAUGAGGAAACCGCAGGAAAACGCAGAGCAGAAGACAAAUUAAAUGAGGCUUGAGUGUUUGAGGUGAGGAAAGUCUGGACAGAGGCCUUUCUGGGACCCGCCCCCACGCGCUGGAUAACGAUGCACCUGUGUACAGGCCUAACCAUGCUACCGCACGUCCUACAGUCAACAUCUCCUCUCGCCUGCCAGCCAUCCCAGUGCGCUCCCUCUCUCUAUCUGCACCUGAAAGAAGUCUGUAACUGACAUGGGUUCUUUAAACCGUGAGGGAGUCGUGGUUUAAACAAUGUUGAUUAAUGAAGCUUUAAUGAUUGCCUAACACCUAGGUGUUACAAGUAAUUAAGCAUUAAUGAGGUAUGCUAUAAUUGCAUGCAUUAGUGGAUCGAUUACCAUAUUGUGUCGAGUCUUGCAGCACUUUUGAAGGAGCCAGCUCUUGUUUUUUUGCACCUGAAGUGAGUUGCCAAAGUUUACAGUUUAGAGUCUGGGUACUGGAGAGAAAUGAUACGCGCACUUAGGAGUGUGUACCGUCCUUCAGAGGGAGCAGACUCAGGGCAGACAGAUGUUCUUGCGUUUUAAUUUAUGAUCACCCACACCUUAAUUGCUUUCUUUAAUUAGCUGCUAUUCUUCUUUUGAUGGAUAUACAGAACUACACAUAUCACACGCGGGGGACCAGCUGUCGAGCCUGUUUUACCUCAGUCAAAAUGUCCCCUGUAACGACAAUCAAAUAAUAAUUCACACAAGCCUGAUCUUACACAGGGCCUGGAAAAUUGAGAUCUGUCUGAGAGACUAAAUAAACUCCUGCUGGUGAUAUGCAGGCUCUCUGCAUGUUAACAAGCUGGCAAGAGGCAAAAAAUGAAUUUAUGUGCAAAGGUAACAGUGCGAACGACCAAUCCUUUCAGGCCAUUCUGGGAGGUGUCAUUGCCUCGGUGAUCUUGGUUCUACUGUGCCUGCUGGGAACAGUGCUCCGUUACAUGUACCGGCACAAGGGGACCUACCACACCAACGAGGCCAAGGGCACUGAGUUUGCAGAGACGGCUGACGCUGCGCUCAAGAAUGACCCGUCCCUGCAGGAUGCCGUCGACGAGAACAAGAAGGAGUACUUCAUCUGAAGCGGGACGUCCCGACAGGGAGCCCACGCUUGCCACUCGGCCUGGGUUACUGUGGAAACCGUUGCCUUGUGCACUUCUCCUGCCCCUGAACCGCAACACCUGCAGCUAAGAACCAUGUGAUGCUUAAUGAAAAGACAUUUUGAACUUUCUAUUAACCUGUACAUCUUUUGUUAGUGCAAACCCCUAUGUAAUAUGUCUUUCAUUUUACCACAGGGAAAAUAAACCCAUGAUAUGUAACCAGCCUACAUUAGCUGAGACACUUUAUUCCUCAAAAACAGGAAACUGGGAGAUCCAAGACAGUGUGCCAUCACUCUCUGAAAAGCCUGGGAUCACAUCCUAGUCUAAUCCAACAGAUUUAUUUCCUCUUCUGCCAACUGGAAGCUACACAAUUAAAACCGGGGAGCAUGUCACCUGUGUUGGGUCUUAGCUGUGCAGUUAAUCCAUCACUGGUCAGUCACUCCUGGAAAAACCUAAAAUAAAGAAAAUAAAUGUAAUGUGAUUGUUAUUUUAUGCAGAGGGCGGUGCGGUCAAUAUCACUGUCUCCUGUAUUAAAGAUACUGUCUCCUUUGUGAAGAUGUCGCCCUCUAGCAUAAAAACGGUAGUCAAGGCAAUACAUGGGUUGUGUUUAAUGCAGACAACUGCAGGUGUCCACUGGGCCCGUAGGGAUAUGCUGAGCUUGAACAAGCAAGGACCUGAAGAAGCGCAUGUCAAUCUCAAAGUAUUAGCCAUGUCCCACGUUUCCAGAAAUGGUUUCAAAAACCAACAAAGGCCUUACGGUCUUAGUGCCAUGAACACAUCAAAUAACGUACAGUUACCUGCUCUGGGAACAUAAUCUGCAUUUUCUGCGUUGAUGCUAGAGACUAAAAUGGCUGUGCACUGGAGUGUCAUUUUGUCUUGUGCCUCACAAUCUGUUCUUGAGACAACUGGCACUGCCACGCUUUGUUUUUGUGAUGUCAUCAUCUGUAAUUAUAUUGUUUAGUGGAACUACCUAUUGUUUUUUAAUACUCAUAAGCCAUGACCAGUAUUGCCUUUAAAAUGUAUUAGGAUUAUUUGUGUUUCAUUGCAAUGUGGCUCCCUGAGUUAUAUUUCAGAAGGAAAUGUAUUGCAUGUAAUUCAAACCUACAGAAUUACAUCUCUAAUGAUUAUAGUGUGAAAAACUUGGAGCUUGUUUUCUCUGUAGGUUAUCAGAAGGCAGGGUCUCAUCUAAUUCCAGUCACAAUGAUCAGACUUCAUCCUUUCAACUUGAAGGACUGGCGACUAGGUUGCUUCAUGGAGUUUCAAAUAUCUUCUACCUGAAAAUAUUCAAAUACAUUGGCUACGCCUCUCCUUAAAGACUCCAUUACGGUCGACUUCAUGAAAAGUUGGACCAUAAAGGUCAGUUGUGACUGAAACUUCUCACAAGUUUAAUGGUUAGCCUGGCCUCAAGCUCUUUCCAGAAAGGUUGAAGUCCGCUCAUAUUGAUACAAACAGUUGAGACCAGCGUUUGUUUCAAUGCCCAAUCCAUUUUAAACAUGAGGGUUGUAUACCAGCAUGUGCAAGUUCUGGGAUAUUGUGUUUGUUUAAGGUAUAAUCACAUUUCAUGCUAUUAUUCCCUGGAAUGUAUGAUGGUGCUUUUUAAGUGCCUCCGUAGAAAGGAAACAUUUACAGAAACAUGUAAAACUUUUAUUAGAUGCAUCGUCGACCCUCCAAGUCCCCAAUAAUAGCCCAGAGAAAAACCAUAAAAGUUCAAAUAAAAGCCUUCUGCUUCAAUUCAAUUCAAUUGCCUGGUAGCAAAAAUGCAUCACUGUGAUAUUAAGCAUAAUGUUAAUUGACUUCCCACACAAGUGCAACUAAAGUAUGGUGGCUAUGAUGGCACCAAAGAGACAUAUUGAUCUUAAAAUCACAUUUUUUUAUUCAAGUAUGCCAAGAAUAAUGCAGUUGAAGAGCAGUGUGGCACUUAAAAAAAAAAAAACACAA